CAUUCUCUGCUGAUAGACGUCCACGCCUCGGAGGAAGUCGAUCCACGGAUUAGGCCCUGGAAGCCGUUUCCUUCACCCAGGAAAACUCUCGUUCCUGGCAAAAAUGGCUCAUCUCACAGAACUUUGCAAGUAUGUGGACGACCACCAGGACCUGUAUGUGCAGCGCCUCGCUGAGUGGGUGAGUGUCCAGAGUGUUUCUGCUUGGCCUGAGAAGCGCGGGGGGAUCAAAAAAAUGAUGGAGAUGGCAGCCAAGGACAUCGAGAGGCUGGGAGGGACUGUGGAGUUGGUGGACGUUGGCAAGCAGAAGCUUCCCUCGGGAGAGGAGAUCCCCCUGCCUCCUAUCAUCCUGGGGCAGUUAGGAUCAGACCCAGCCAAGAAGACGGUGUGUAUUUACGGGCACCUUGAUGUUCAGCCAGCAAACAUCAGUGACGGCUGGGACACAGAGCCUUUCACUCUGGUGGAGAAAGACGGUAAGCUCUAUGGACGAGGAUCUACUGAUGACAAGGGUCCAGUGUUGGCCUGGUUUAACUGCAUUGAAGCGUAUCAGAAGAUCGGAAAGGACCUUCCCAUCAACAUCAAAUUCUGCUUCGAGGGGAUGGAAGAAUCUGAAUCUGAGGGUCUGGAUGAUCUUGUGUUUUCUAGAAAGGACACUUUCUUUAAAGACGUGGACUACGUCUGCAUCUCUGACAACUACUGGCUGGGCAAGAGCAAACCCUGCAUCACCUACGGUCUGAGAGGAAUCUGCUAUUUCUUCAUUGAGGUGGAGUGCGCUGAAAAGGACUUGCACUCAGGGGUGUUUGGUGGCUCUGUUCAUGAGGCCAUGACUGACCUCAUCGCACUUAUGGGCUCCCUGGUUGACAAAAGGGGUAAGAUUUUGGUUCCUGGGAUCUAUGACAGUGUGGCGCCUCUGACAGCAGAGGAGCAAAAGCUGUACGAAAAGAUCGACUUUGACUUGGAUGAGUACUGUAAAGAUGUGGGGGUUGACCAGCUGCUGCAUGACACAAAGGAGCAAAUCCUCAUGCACCGUUGGAGAUAUCCUUCUCUUUCCCUUCAUGGUAUUGAGGGGGCUUUCUCUGAAGCAGGAGCCAAGACGGUUAUUCCUCGCAAGGUCAUUGGCAAGUUUUCCAUCCGCCUUGUGCCUGACAUGGACCCCAAAGUUGUGAAGAAGCAGGUCGUCGAUCAUCUGCAGAAGAGGUUUGCUGAACUGGGAACCCCGAAUAAACUGAAAGUGACAGGGGACAGCGGUGCCAAAGCCUGGGUCUCAGACUUCAACCACCCACACUACAUGGCAGGGAGAAAGGCCAUAAAGACAGUCUUCGGGGUCGAGCCUGAUCUGACUCGCGAGGGCGGCAGCAUCCCGGUCACCCUGACCUUCCAGGAGGCCACAGGCCGUAAUGUCAUGCUGCUUCCUAUAGGGUCCUCUGAUGAUGGAGCUCACUCUCAGAAUGAAAAGAUCAACAGAUCAAACUACAUUCAGGGAGUCAAGCUGCUGGGAGCAUACUUCCAUGAGGUCUCUCUGCUGGAGUGAUUUGAUGGUGUCUCAUAAUGACAGGUGUAAUAUAUGCUCGUCCUUCAUAUCAGACCAUAAACUUUGUGGAUUUACUUUUCACAAUGAACGGUUUUAUACACCCUGUUGAUAAUAAACAUGUUUUUGUUACUUUAUUUGAGUUGUUUUUCUUUUCUUUUCAUGAUGUAACAGGAUUUACUUUUGAUGCAGUGCACCGCUUAGCAUGUGGGUCAUAACUCACAAUAAUACUGCCAGGUCUCUUUUGGAAAUGAGAUUUUUAAUCUCAAUAAGAUUUUUACCUGGAUAAAUAAAGGAAUAAUAAAAAAAGAAAUAAAAUAAUGUUGGUAAGCUUAAUUUAGAAGCUGUCAAAUGUGUUUGAGGCAUCAGUGACAGCAGCAUGACCAAAUGCUGUUAUUGUAUUAGUGUUUUCCACAUCACAGCAUUAAAAAAGUACAAUCAGUCAA